CCGCAGUGGUGGCUUUGGCCGGUUUUUUCGGUGCCGUCUUUAUCCAAGUCCGGGCCUGCCUGUCCUCUCCCUCCCCACUCGCCCUACUCCUGUCUCUCCUCCCAGCCAUGUCCUCCCACAUCAACAUCAGCCAGGUCGACCCCACCGCACCCACCCCCCAAAACACCCCCCUCAGCCACGCCCCCAUCGCACAGGGCCUCUCCCGCCCGACCGUCCCGGACAUCAGCGAGGACAACGAGCCGGAGGAGGAGGAGGAGCUGGGCAUCCACCAUGCCAUGCAGGGCCUCGUCAGCGCGAAGCUCGCCACCCUCAUCGGCAAGAGCUCCGGCUACGUCGAGAGCCUCCCGGAGAACGUCCGCAAGAGCGUCGAGGCGCUCAAGGGCGUCCAGGUGAAGCAGGUCGAGCUGCAGAACCAGUACAAGCGCGAGUGCCUCGAGCUUGAGAAAAAGUACCACGAGAUGCAAAAACCGCUGUUCGAGCGUCGAUUCAAGAUCCUUACCGGAGCCGAGGAGGCCACCAUGGAGGAGGUCGAGGCAGGCGAGAAGGAGUGGGCUAAGGAGGACGAGGACUACUCGCCCCUCGGCGCGGAAGCGACCUACCCGUCCGUCGCCAUCCCCGAGUUCUGGCUCACCGCGCUCCGCAACCACGUCGGCCUGUCGGAGAUCAUCACAGAUCGCGACGCCGAGGCACUCAAGCACCUCGUCGACAUCCACCUCGAGUACCUCCCGACGACGGACCCCAAGCCUGGCUUCAAGCUCAUCUUCGUGUUCACGCCGAACGACUUCUUCGAGAACGAGCUGCUCGAGAAGACGUAUCUCUACCAGGAGGAGGUCGGCUACACGGGCGAUUUCAUGUACGAUCAUGCGAUUGGCACGGCGAUCAAGUGGAAAGAGGACAAGGACCUCACGAAGGAGUUUGAGAUCAAGAAGCAGAGGAACAAGAACACGAACCGGACGCGUCUAGUACGGAAGGCGAAGCCGACGGAGUCGUUCUUCAACUUCUUCGCGCCCCCGCAGCCACCGAGCGAGGAGGACGACAUUGAUGGCGAGGAGCUCGAGGAGAUCGAGGAAAAACUGGAGAUGGACUACCAGAUCGGCGAGGAUAUCAAGGAGAAGAUCAUCCCCCGCGCGAUCGACUACUUCACCGGCCGCGCGCUCGAGUUCGAGGACUUCGAGGACGACGAUGAGUUUGAGGACAUCGAAACCGAGGAAGACGAUGAGGACCACUUUGACGACGAGGACUCGGACUCGGACGAUGCGUCGCCCGCACAACGGCGGCGCAUGCCCGCGAAGGGCGGCGCAGGCGCGAACCAGAACGUGAAUCCGGAGGAAUGCAAGCAGCAGUGAUCCUGCGCGCGUCGUCGGUGGAAUGGAGCUCUCAUGUUCUCGGUGUCUCCCUUGCCUCGUCAUUGUCGGUUGUCGGUUGUCGGCUGUUGGAAGGUAUGCAAUCUGGUAGGUCAUCAAUCGUGUUACUGUUGUUGUUCAAUCAUACAUACGUGCGCCUGC